AAUUAAGCAGUCUUGUGAAAUUACCUGAUCUCUGCAAAACCCUUGCUUAUAAAUAAGCUUUGUCUACGACUAAGCAAACCCUCUCUCCCUCUCUCGCGUACUUGUUGCUGCUUCUUCUCUCCUUUUUGUGGAUCGAUCCGAGAGAAACUCAGCGAUCAUGUUGGUCUAUCAGGAUUUGCUUACCGGUGAUGAGCUUCUCUCUGACUCGUUCCCAUACAAGGAAAUUCAUAAUGGCAUUCUGUGGGAAGUUGAGGGGAAGUGGGUUGUUCAAGGGGCUGUUGAUGUAGACAUUGGUGCAAAUCCUUCUGCUGAAGGUGCUGAUGAAGAUGAGGGUGUUGAUGACCAGGCUGUUAAAGUGGUUGACAUUGUCGACACAUUUAGGCUCCAGGAGCAACCUGCUUUUGACAAGAAGCAGUUUGUCACAUACAUGAAGAGGUUCAUCAAGUUGUUGACACCUAAGCUGGACGAGGAGAAGCAAGAGUCUUUCAAGAAAAACAUUGAGGGAGCAACCAAGUUCCUGCUCUCGAAGCUCAGUGACCUCCAAUUUUUUGUGGGGGAGAGCAUGCAUGAUGAUGGCAGUCUUGUGUUUGCUUACUACAGGGAAGGUGCCACUGACCCAACAUUUUUGUACUUUGCAUAUGCUUUGAAGGAGGUCAAGUGCUAAGAAGGGAGGAUAGCUAGCUUCGAAGUGGAAGUUCUUGCUGUAGUCUAGUUUUUGUCUCUGUACUCUUGCAUUUGGUGCCGCGUGCCUUCUAUUUUGAUUUAAUUGUGGUUGAUUGACUAUAACUUGCUUUUCUAUUUUGCGUUUUAGUGUCUUGUUUGACAAGUUAUUUAAUCUUUCGUUGAGUGUAUUCUAAAUUUAUCAACAAUUGGAUAUUUAGUUUAUAUAGUUGUUGUUUUGUUCUCUUUCCUGUGAA